AUGGCGAUGAAUAUUCCCAUUGGUUUCCGUUUCAUCCCGACCGAUGAGGAGUUGAUCGGAGGUUUUCUAUGGCCGAGACUCAUGGGAAUGGAGCUGCCGUGGAACGGCAUAGUCGAGAAGGAUAUCUACGGCGACAACGCAGAGCCGUGGAAGGUUUUUUCCGACGUCGUCGAUGGCUGGCAAACGAAGAAGGAGGGCAGCGCCAUCAAGAGCUCCAUCUACGCCUUCACCACGCUCAAGAACGUUCCCAACUCCAAGCGGAUUUCCAGACGCGCAGGCGGCGGCACGUGGGGCGGCCAGACCGGCCCCAAGAAGAUCAUCAGAUCCGACACCGGCGAGAUCAUCGGCCAUUCCAAGAUGUUCUCGUUCGAGCGCGACGACAAGGCGGCGCCCGAGGAUUUCGGCCACUGGAUCAUGCACGAGUAUUCUCUCAGCGGCCGCGCAAACGGCGGCGAUCUCGUCGUCUGCAAGAUCACCAAUUGCAUCAAGGUUUCUGCGGCUUCCAAGAAGAGGGCGGCGCAGAUAGACCAAGAUCAGCUUGCAGUGGGUUUCAAGAAACAGAAGAUAUUGUUUCCGGCCGUGGAGGAGGAGGGUUUUAUUGUCGGCGACCAAUCGGGGCAGGCUUUGGACGUUGAUGAUGACUUCGUACAAAGUUUGAUCGCCGGCUUAGAUGUUGAGUUCGUCGGCGGUGCCGGCGAUGAAUCUUGGCUAUCUGCGCAAUUUUGA